UCAAGAGGUAUUCGGCCCAAUCAAAAUAAACCAACCCCCAUCAUCUCCGCGUCUUUCCCUUUUCUCUCUCCCUCUCUCGCGCGCGUUCUCUCUCUCGAUCAUCAAUGGCGCAUCCGCUGUAUGGAUCCGGCCCUCUUCGAUCCAGGGAGGGCCUGACGGCGCGGCCGGUGGCGGGGACUGAUGAGAUCCAGUUGCGGAUCGAUCCUAUGCACGGCGACCUUGACGAGGAGAUAUCGGGUCUACACCAGAAGAUCCGGCGAUUGAAAGGAGUGGCUCAAGAGAUAGAAACAGAGGCAAAGUAUCAAAAUGACUUCAUAUCACAAUUGCAAAUGACUCUCAUCAAAGCUCAGGCAGGGGUGAAGAACAACAUGAGAAGGUUGAACAAGAGCAUCAUUCAGCAGGGUUCAAACCACGUUGUUCAUGUGGUCCUCUUCGCCCUCUUCUGUUUCUUUCUCGUCUAUCUCUGGACCAAAUUCUCCCGAAGAUGAAAAGCAAAUAUAAAAAAAAACCACAUUCCAUCACUCCAUGUGCUAAAAAAAGGAACAUCUGUCUUUAAUCUCUGUAUAUUGUAUGUAGAUCAGAACCCAAGCUACUGAUUGAUCCAUUGUGUGAGUCAUUUUACUAUAAUAAAUGGAGACAGGGCUCUGUUUUUUUUUUAUAUAUA